CCCCGCGGGACGCCAUGGGCUGGAUGCCGGCUCAGGGUCGGCUGGCGGCGGGGCUGCUGGUGAACCUGGCCGCCUCCAUCUGCAUCGUCUUCCUGAACAAGUGGCUGUACGUGCGGCUGGGCUUCCCCAACCUCAGCCUCACCCUGGUGCACUUCGCCAUCACCUGGCUCGGCCUCUACCUGUGCCAGGCGCUCGGCGCCUUCUCCCCCAAGAGCCUCCAGCCCUCCCAGGUGCUGCCGUUGGCCCUCAGCUUCUGCGGCUUCGUCGUCUUCACCAACCUCUCCCUGCAGAGCAACACCAUCGGUACCUACCAGCUGGCUAAGGCCAUGACCACGCCGGUCAUCGUGGUCAUCCAGAGCCUGGCUUACGGAAAGACCUUCCCUCUCCGUAUCAAGCUUACCCUGGUCCCCAUCACGCUGGGCGUCUUCCUCAACUCCUACUACGACGUGAAGUUCAGCGUCCUCGGGAUGGCGUUCGCCACCUUGGGCGUCCUGGUGACCUCCCUCUACCAAGUGUGGGUAGGAGCUAAGCAGCAUGAGUUGCAGGUAAACUCUAUGCAGUUGCUGUACUACCAGGCACCAAUGUCCUCAGCUAUGCUGUUGUUCAUCAUACCCUUCUUUGAGCCAGUCUUUGGAGAAGGGGGAAUAUUUGGGCCCUGGACGCUUUCUGCUGUGGCCUUGCACGCGGACACCCAUGCUAAAAAUAUUUUUGGAGAAAUGUUCGGAAAGGUCACCAUCUGUAAUGGACGUGAAGGUUGCCCAGUUCUCUCUCCUGCCUUCAGCCCCACCUCCCUUGCUCCCGCACCUUUCCCCAGGAGUUACCUUUGGUGGGAUCUGCAGAUUUGUCUGUUGUCAUUGUUUUGGGGGGAGGCCCAGAGGCUGUCUGGGCAGUGCUGGGUAGGCAGCGUUCCCUCAACAGACAGUCCCCAGAAAUGUAUCAGAGCGACUGAAGAGUGCGAGGUGGGACUUGAUUCUGCUCUAAUUCAGGAAUGCUUUGAAAAUUACUUUAUGACAGUAUCAAGCACUGGUUUUGACAACGUGGAAGGAAGAAGUUGAAUGCUGUUCUAUUUAAAAGAAGGAAGAAAAAAUAACUCCUUUCAGUAAAUCUGGUGAGAACAUAUGUUCGCUAGAUUUGCAGGGUUAGAAUUUAUUUGCAGUAUCUUAAUCCUUACAUUUUGGGGUUUGUUUUAUCUUCAUCUACCUCUAGCAGAUUUAAAGAGGGGAAUUAUGUGAACAAAAACAGGUAUUUAAGUUUUACAACCACCGACAGAAAUGAUAUUUAGUUCCUCUAAGCUUUUUACAAUACAGGUAACAAGUCUUUUUGUAGGAAACAAUGCAGAUCUUCUCAAGCUUGUAAAUUAUUUAUUCUGUUACAGAGUUCUUGAUUUAAGAAAAAGUUAUUUCUCUGUGUAACCUAAGUUUACACCGUAAUAUUCUAUAUCCUUUCAGAGUUAGAAAUACCUGAAUAAUUUUACAUCUUUACCAACUGUGUCUUAGACGUUGUACUGGUCCACGGAUAAUUUUUUGUAUACGUUUUUAUAAAUCUGUAUAAUUAGUUUAAAAAUACAGCCUGGACUACUGAAAGAUGUGUUCAGACAGUCAAUCUCUGGAUGCAUAUCCUUCAGUACGUACACUGAGAAAGCCAUUUGCAUUAAUUUGUGCUGUGCACAAGUUCUUCUAAAAUGUAGAUAGACCACAAAGACUCUUAUAGUUAGAAAACAACUGAAUUAGAAGCCUGUAUGACAACAAUAUUUGGGAUGAGACUGAUGUAAAUACAUAUAAAGUGGUAGAAUGAACAAAACCAUGUUUGAAAAUACAAAAGACUCCUUAAGGAGAGGAGCAGAUCCACAAGAGAAAGUUAACAGUAUCAUUAAAACAAUACAUUAUAAAUACAGUCUGUUGCUGGAAUGUAUGUCGUGGAGGUGACUUAAGCGACAUGAUUUUUUUUAUACGUUCAAGAACUCUCCUUUGAGAUUUACCUGUUGUAUCUAGCAAAGUAUCUUGAACUUUGUCAUAUGGUUUGAAAUAUUAAAUCCAGGAGACUUGUGUAAUCAUGGGAUAAAUAGAUCUUUGUAUGUAUUGUUUCUUUCGAUACCAUGUGUAGAGUGGGAAUAAAUUUUUAAUCACUUGA